AUGAAACUUUACCUUGCUGACCAUUAAAUUGGUGAUGAAGGUGCAUCAGGCUUAGGUUCUGGUUUAGCAAAUUGCAUUAAUCUCUAAAAUUUGACACUUUACCUUCGUCGCAAUUAAAUUGGUGCAAUGGGUGCAUCAGGCUUAGGUUCUGCAUUAGCAAAUUGUAUUAAUCUCUCAAAUUUGACACUUGACCUUUUUGAAAAUUAAAUUGGUAAUGAAGGUGCAUCAGACUUAGGUUCUGGUUUAGCAAAUUGCAUUAAUCUCUCAAAUUUGACACUUGUCUUUUAUAAGAAUUAAAUUGGCGACGAAGGUGCAUCAGGCUUAGGUUCUGGUUUAGCAAAUUGCAUUAAUCUCUCAAAUUUGACACUUGAUCUUCGUUCUAAUUAAAUUGAUGUCGAAGGUGCAUCAGGCUUAGGUUCUGGUUUAGCAAAUUGCAUUAAUCUCUCAAAUUUGACACUUGACCUUUCUUUCAAUUUAAUUCAUAACGAAGGUGCAUCAGGCUUAGGUUCUGCAUUAGCAAAUUGCAUUAAUCUCUCAAAUUUGACACUUGACCUUUAGUGGAAUGGAAUUCAUGACGAAGGUGCAUCAGGCUUAGGUUCUGCAUUAGCAAAUUGCAUUAAUCUCUCAAAUCUGACACUUUAACUUUAGGAUAAUUAUAUUGGUGAUGAAGGUGCAUUAGACUUAGGUUCUGGUUUAGCAAAUUGCAUUAAUCUUUCAAAUUUGACAAUUAACCUUGAUGGCAGUCAAAUUGGUACUAUGGGUGCAUCAGGCUUAGGUUCUUGUUUAGCAAAUUGCAUUAAUCUCUCAAAUUUGACUCUUCACCUUUACUAAUAUCAAUUUAAUUAUUAUGGAAGUAAGCCUGAAAUUGGUGAUGAAGGCGCAUAAGGCUUAGUUUCUGGUUUAUCAAAUUGCAUGAAUCUCUCAAAUUUGACACUUUAUCUAGAGUAAAAAUAGUUUAUUUAUUUUGGAUUGUGA